AUGGUGGAGUCAAGCACCUCUGAGCUCCUCUUCAUAUCUGUCAAUCACAGCAUCACGCUGAUGGGGAAGCUCUGGCUUAUUGCGAUGGUCUUCCUCCGAAUCCUCAUCCUCCUCUUCGCCGGGUACCCACUCUACCAGGACGAGCAGGAGAGGUUCGUGUGUAACACCAUCCAGCCUGGCUGCGCCAACGUGUGCUACGACCUUUUCUCCCCCGUCUCGCUCUUCCGCUUCUGGCUGGUGCAGCUGGUGGCCCUGUGCGUCCCGUACCUGGUCUUUGUCAUCUACGUGGUUCAUAAGGUGGCGAACGCCAUCUCUGUGACAGCGUCCGGCAAAGCCUUUCAGCUGCUCAAGACCCACAAGGCGCCGCUGAAGAAGGCGUGCGUGAACGAGGCGGCGGUGCUGGUGGAGCAGCCGGCGUGGACGCAGAGCUUCACUGGUGCUUACAUCCUCCAGCUACUGUUCAGGACGCUGCUGGAAGCAGCGUUUGGAGCGGCUCAUUACUACCUGUUUGGGUUCCACGUCCCCAGACGCUUUCUGUGCCACCAUGCGCCGUGCACCACCCAGGUGGACUGCUACAUCUCCAGGCCAACGGAGAAGACGGUCAUGCUGAACUUCAUGCUCGGCCUGGCGGCGCUGUGUCUCCUUCUCAACUUUUUGGACUUUGUCUUUGCCGUCAAACGCUCAGUGAAGCAGAAGAGCAGGAGGAAGAUGGUGCUGGAGGAGAUAUUUGAGGAGGAGCGCUGCUUCCUCUCAGCUGGAGGAGCUGACGCUGUUCUUCAAAACCCAGAGCAGCAAUCUGGUGAAGGUUUUAAGAGCAGGCGCAUCACUAAGGACCCACGCGGAGAAAGAGCUGUCGGUUUGGGUCUGGAACCGUCACACCGGGACUGCUGCUCCCAUCCAGACCACGAAAUCUAUUCCGUUUUUCAGGAAGAUGUUUUGGAGAGGAAUGGCAGUGAGGUGGCGCUGUGUCCCCAGGAGCCCUCAGGCACACCGAGGUCCAUUUGCGUCAACAAGCGCAGUAAACUCAAACCUCCACCUCCUCCAAGACGGGACACGGGGGCCUGUAGAGCCCCUGCAGCUCCGGUUCGGGAGGCUUCUGCUGCUGUUAGUACCAGGACCCUGACCCAGUACAGGCUGGUGGACCUGGGCAGCACCGCGGAGCUGCAGACCGAUAAAGAGGGACAGGAGAAAAAGUCCGAGUGGGUGUGA